AUGGCCCCCAACGCGAACAUCCCCAUCAUCGACAUCGCCGCGCCUGGCGUCGACAGGGCCGCCAUCGCGCGGCAGCUUGUCGAUGCCGCGGUUGAGCACGGCUUCAUUUACAUCCGCAAUACCGGCAAGUACAUCAACCUCGGCGACAUCGAUGCUGCCUUUGACUUGUCGAAGAAGCUCUUCAAGGCUCCCGUCGGAGACUACAAGGAAGCCUUUAACUUUGGCGAAUUCAAAGACUCCAAAGCCCAGCAACCCCUGCCCCCAACAAUCCAGCCCGAUGAGCCCUUCCUGAACUCCUUCAGAGACCAGUGCCACGCCCUCUGCCUCGAGCUCCUCAAUCUCCUCGGCAUCGGCCUCGAAGUCGACCCGCCAACCUUCUUCUCCGCCGCCCACCUCCGCGAAAAGGGCGACUCGGGCACCAUCCUCCGCAUGCUCUACUACCCGCCCUCCUCCGCGACCUCCUCCUCCCCUGACGACGUCCGCGCCGGCGCCCACUCGGACUACGGCUCCCUGACCCUGCUAUUCCGCCUGCGCGGCCAGGCCGGCCUCGAGAUCCUGACCCGCGAGAACACGUGGGCCCCUGUGCCCGUGACGCCGCCCGGGACCGAGGCCGACGCGCUCCCGCCCAUCCUGAUCAACAUCGGCGACCUGCUGUCGUACUGGACCAACGGCAUGUUCCGCAGCACGGUGCACAGGGUCGUCUUCGGCGGCGAGGGCGCGCCCGGCGAGACGGACACGGGGCCGAGGUACUCGAUGGCCUUCUUCUGCCACCCCGUCGGAUCCGUCACCCUGGACCCGGUGCCGAGCGAGAGGGUGAAGCAGUUCGUCGCGCCGGAGGGCACGCCGCACGCGAACCCGUACGCGGAGAGGAAGGUCAUGACUGCUGAUGAGCAUCUGUUCAUGAGGCUGAGGGAGAGCUACAAGGGCCUGUAUAAAGAGGAGGAGACAAAAGCAUAG